ACUCAGCUGCCCUAAAGCAGCGCCUAACCCAGAAAACGAAGAGCACUUUUCACUCGAGUGACGUAAACAGGCAGGGAUCGGCGGCGGCGGCGGAGGAGGAGGCCGCGCGCGCUAUUCCACCCCCCGUACUCCCUCCCUCUUCUCCCCUGUCAGCGAGCAGCCUGAUUGGUCCAGGCCUGGAAAAGAGAAUUCGAGAAUCCCGAAUGUGCAGGCCGCGGUGUCCGCGAGGCGGAAAAAAAAAAGCAAAACAGCCCGAGACAAAAGAAAGAAGGGAGAAACGCUUCUUCAAGACCGAAGGGGGAGAAUCCGAAAGCAGGUGCCUGCAGUUGAGCAACAAAAGAAACCGGCAUUAAGUCUCGUUCUGUUUUGUGAGAACAUUGGAUCAAAUGUGAAGUUCCUGGGACCAGCAGAUCAUGGACCAAGGAGGUGGGGGGUUGGAACUACAAUCGCAGGAUUUAAAAAUGCCGCACACAAUGAUCAUGCAGGACUUUGUGGCAGGCAUGGGUGGCAUGGCCCAUAUUGACGGUGACCACAUCGUAGUGUCCGUCCCAGAGGCUGUGCUGGUUUCGGAUGUGGUGACUGAUGAGGGGAUCACCCUGGAGGCUGAGGUGAUUGAGGGGCCGGACAUUGAGCAUGGGGACGAAGUGACCACAGAGGGGGUGAUGGUACCUGAGUCUGUGCUGGGGGCAGAGGUGGCCAUCGAAGAGGCCCUAGACCACCACGUGUUGGCCACGGACCUGAUCGCUGAGCAAGUGAGGGACCAGGUCUUUGUGGCCGACUUGGUAUCCCACCAUCACCAGGAUGGACACUUGCACCACCAUGUAGUGCAUGAAUCUGAGAUGGUCUCUGAGGAGGUGAUGGUUACAAAUUCAGAUUCAGAGACAGUGAUCCAAACACAUGAGGGAAUGCCAGCUUCCACCGUCACCAUCAAAACUGAGGAUGAUGAGGAUGGCAAGAGCACGUCUGAGGACUACCUGAUGAUCUCCUUGGAUGAUGUAGGGGAGAAGCUUGAUAUUGGAAACACAAACUUGAAGAUCAGCACUGAGAUGACGCAGGGCGAUUGUUCGAAAGAAGACGGCUAUGGUUCAGAGGUCAUCAAAGUAUAUAUUUUUAAGGCUGAAGCUGAAGAUGAUGUGGAAAUAGGUGGGACAGAGGUUGUGACAGAAAGUGAUUUCCACAAUGGGCAUGCAGUGCUGGAGCCAGGGGGAGUGGGGAGGCUUCACAGAGAGAAGAUGGUUUACAUGGCGGUCAAAGACUCCUCUCAGGAAGAUGAAGAUAUCAACUGUGCAGAGAUUGCAGAUGAGGUUUACAUGGAGGUGAUCGUGGGAGAGGAGGAGGCUCCUUCCAUCCAAGAGUCUCAGAUGGAUGAUUCCAACAUCAACAAGACGUUUGUCCCUGUGGCCUGGGCGGCUGCUUAUGGUAACAACCUGGACACCAGGCUAGAGAACAAGAAUGGCGCUGCCACCCAGUAUCUACAGAUCAGCGACAGCAACAGCACCAGCCGGGUGCUGAAACAGAAGGCCAGGAAAAGGAAGAGGGGAGAGACCCGGCAGUGCCAAACAGCUGUGAUCAUUGGUCCGGAUGGGCAGCCCUUGACGGUGUAUCCCUGCCACAUCUGUGGAAAGAAGUUCAAAUCUCGGGGUUUCCUGAAACGGCAUAUGAAAAACCAUCCGGACCACAUGUUCAAGAAAAAGUACCAGUGCACGGACUGCGACUUCACAACAAACAAGAAGGUCAGCUUUCACAACCACCUGGAGAGUCACAAGCUGAUCAUUAAGGGAGAGAAGGUCCAUGAGUUCACAGAGUACACCCGGCGCUAUCGGGAGGCCAGUCCCCUGAGCUCCAACAAACUCAUCCUACGUGACAAGGAGCCUAAGUUGCAUAAGUGCAAGUACUGCGACUAUGAAACUGCUGAGCAGGGCCUGCUAAACCGCCAUCUCCUGGCCGUCCACAGCAAAAACUUUGCUCAUGUCUGUGUGGAAUGUGCCAAAGGCUUCCGUCACCCUUCUGAGCUGAAGAAGCAUAUGAGGACACACACGGGUGAGAAGCCGUACCAGUGCCAGCACUGCGAGUUCCGCUGUGCUGACCAGUCCAACCUAAAGACUCACAUCAAGAGCAAGCAUGGCACUGAUCUGCCCUACAAGUGUGGCCACUGCCCACAGGCCUUUGCUGAUGACAAGGAGCUCCAGAAACACACAGAGAUCUUUCAGGGCCACAAAACUCACCAGUGUCCACACUGUGACCACAAGAGCACCAACUCCAGUGACCUGAAAAGGCACAUUAUUUCUGUUCACACCAAGGACUUCCCACACAAGUGUGAAGUGUGUGAAAAGGGCUUUCACCGGCCCUCGGAGCUCAAGAAGCACUCAGAGACACACAAGGGCAAGAAGGUCCAUCAGUGCAGGCACUGCGACUUCAAAAUCUCGGACCCUUUCACGCUUAGUCGCCACAUCCUGUCGGUCCACACCAAGGACCUCCCGUUCAAAUGCAAACGGUGCAAAAGGGGCUUCCGGCAUCAGAAUGAACUCAAGAAGCACAUGAAGACCCACAGUGGCAGGAAAGUCUAUCAGUGUCAGUAUUGCGAGUAUAACACUACGGACGCAUCAGGCUUUAAACGACAUGUCAUAUCUAUUCACACCAAGGACUAUCCCCACAGGUGCGACUACUGCAAGAAGGGUUUCCGGCGGCCCUCGGAAAAGAAUCAGCAUAUAAUGCGACACCACAAAGACGCUCUAAUGUAAUGUUGUAUAGCCCCUUCCUACUCUUCCCUCUUUUCCUUGUUUGGGGAUGUCGGAGGGGUGGGGCUGGGAAGAUUAUGUUUCUAUGGUAAAUGAUGAUCCAUUUUAGUGAACUGUUCUCCUGGUCAGUGCUGAUUCACAUAUUUUCAUUCAUUGUAAAAAAAGAAAAAUAAUAGUCAGAAGUAUUAAGAGUCAAGGGAGGGAGGUGGGGGCGGGGGGAAAUGUGUUUGCGCUCUGUGUUUGGCUUUCUUGUCUUUCGUUUUGGUUUGUCUUGAUUAGAAGCGAAAGAAUCACUCAUCUUAAAUAUUCAGCGGUUCAAAUACCAGACCCUCCUUAUUUCAAAAUAGCUUUACAAAUGAAUUGGGUGCUGAAAUUAAUUCUGUCCUUUCCACUUUAAACAGCGUCUCAUCAAUUGGGAUAACUGCAAAACACAAGCUUUCGUUUUCGUUUUAACAUUGUCAUACAUAAUCAAUACAUUGUCAUUUCAAAUGUCAUUAAAAUGGGGAAGAAGGUUGUGAGGUUCCAGCUGCAUUGUGACAGUCCGUUCUGUUGGUUUCUCUCAGUGCAGUGUGAAUCGAAUACAUCUUAAAGGAUUCUUAUUAACAGCUAAUCGUUAGAACGGAAGCUUUAGGUACCUCAUGUAGGAAGUAUUUAGUUAACAGGUUUUAUGUUACCAUUAAGACUUGGGUUGGAGCUUUUUCCAACUUUUUGGAAACAUACACAAUUUUCAUAUCGGUAGCUUUAAGAAUUUUAGAUCUAGAUGUGCGAACCCUUACCAACCCCACCAUGUCUACAUGCUUUAGCUAUGAAAGGACUUCAGAUUACAUCAUCUUCAGAGACUUGAGUCAAACUAUUUGAACCCCUGAACAUUUUGUAUACAUUUGCCCCACUGUUUAUUUUUUUUUCCUCAAUCAAAUAUUAUUGUCUCCCUAAAUAAACCUUAUAUUGCUGAUGCAUAAAACUCAGAGCAGCAGUGAGUGUACAAACUGGUGUGCUUGCUCAAUGAUAUGCAUUGUUUCUAGAUAUUUUGUAACCCGUGUAUAUUUUACAAUAAACUACAGAUGGCCAUAGAGUUAACCCAUUCAGCCAUCCCUGGCUUUUAUUCUGGACAGUCCAAUCUAUAGUGUCCUUUUAUUCUGUUUUUUUUUCAUUUCUUUAUUUUUUUUAAAGGAAAGUUUAAAAUAAAACAUGAUUUUGCAAUGAAGUCAGUAGAAUUCAUAGUCAUUAAAAUCAAUUGUAGAUCAAGAGGUAAACACGGUGGUACUGUACAAUAGAUGCUAAAUAUUCUUGGCAUUGAAGUACUAAACCACUGGUUUAUGCACCUUCACUUUGCAUGGAACACCUUUUAUGUAAAUUGUUUAUUUCUUUCCAGCAUGUAUUUUUAUAAUCAACUUGCUUCUAAAAGGGGACCUGACAUUUAAAUUGUGAAGUGGCUUACCUCUGUGAUAGUCAUGUCUAGUCUAGUCUGCCUCCCAGGCCUGAACUCUAACCACUUGUCUACUUGCUUCAAGCCCUUGGUUCUUACAAGUAAGUCAUAUAAUGCCUCUUACUCUUGGCCCCAACUAUAAAUAAAUGAUUAGGGAUGCACUACCUUGCUGUGCCCAGGUGUAACUGAUAAGUUGUACUAUUUAUUACACCACUUAGUGUAGAUCUGUGGUUCUCAAACUUAGUCAACCUGGGACGGGAAGCAUAUAAUAUAUAUAUAUAUACACACACACACAAAGAAUUAUUCUUAAUCUGGCAGUGCAUUGUAACCAGAAUACUGGCAUCUUUUAUUUUGAGCUUACUCUUUGACUGAGAUGGUAUCAAUGGGGUCUGCUUGUGAUAGGGUUAGUUUUCAACUCCCAGGGUGUCCCUAACCCUCAGUUUGAGUCUGGUUAGAUAAUGAAUGACCGGAUUCACAAAAGAUACCGGGUUACUUUAUGUUUUGUUUUAUUUUAUUUUACACGCAGCUGCAUGCAACAAUAUGUGCUCCAUUUUUUUAUCCCCUAUAGAGAAAAGCUUAAGUUUAUCUAUGGGUAAAUGCACCACACAGACUUCAGCUUGUAGCUUUUUUUGUUUCAACAAAUUGCCUUUUAUAUAUUUUCUUAAGAAAAACCUGUCCAGCUUACAAAUCUUCCACCAAAAAAAAAAAAAAAACAGACCUGUGCGGACCAUGGAAAUGCACUUACUUAGUCCUAGACAUUGUUGCUUCAUACUAAUAAAAGUCUUUAUUUCCUGCAGACAGCAAAAUACAUGUGACCCUCUGAAUUCUUUUUUUGAAAAGAGUUGAUGUUAUCUGAAAUAGUGUUGCUUAAGUGUUUUGUAAAAUGUUAUUGCCCUAUUAAAAUGCAUAAUUUCAACCAUACUGUUCAUUUUGAGACGGUCUAUUCAAACCACUAAAUAUGCAGGAACAUGAUAUAUAUACUGGUAUUAUAUUUGUAACUGAAUAUUUGAAUGAUCCUCUUGUUAGGCCUGAGUUUUAAUAGACUGGUCCCUUUCCCCAUAGCUGCAGUUGGAGACCAGUAGAAUUGUUGUUUAUGAGUUGUAUGAUUUUUUUUUUUUUUUCUUUUUCUUUUGGGAAGGUGGAAUGUAUCUAAAACUGCAAUAUCAGUUUCGGGCAGUAGGUGUUAGCAGAACAUCAGUAACCAAGGAAUACUUUAAUACUAUCUUGCUCACUAGCAGAACUAUUUUCUUAAGUACUUUUAAAUAUUUGCUUUUCAUUUGGGACUCCGGUGAAGCCAAUUUCACCUCUUGUGUAGCCAGCAUAAAGCCCCACCUACCUGUCACUCAUUGGACUUUAGGUCACAGCACCUUAUUCUUUAGAUUUGGUAGCGUGGCUGUUUUGCAUUUCUCUUCAAAUAUACAGAAAUCAAGAGGCUCUUGUUAAAGUUGUGCCAAUGGUAAAGAUGUAUUUUUUAUUUCUUGGUUUUACACCCAACAUCAAAUUGCUUUCCCAUCAGUGUUUGAACAUGAGCUCAAUCUGCAUUUUACAAGUUCUUGCACUUGGUUACUUCAUCCAGUAACUGCCAAUAAACAUUAAAAUAGGAGACUUUAUGUAAUAAAUUAAUUUAUUUUGUAUUAUGUGGUUAUCAGCAGUUAAGUAUUUUCUUUGUUUCUGGUCACAGCAUUUUGAUGUUACCUGUACAGCAUGUAGGAAUGAGGUUAAGUGAAUUGUCCCAAAUGAAUUCCCGUAAUACUUUCUUCUCAUCAAUCUCAAACCACUUGGCACUCCUGCUAUGUAUUUGUUUGUGGAAAUUCAUCUUUAAGAAAUUACAGACUAAAAAGUCUCAUCCCAAUUGAUAAUUUGUCUAGAAGAAAAUGUUACUGUAUUUUAGUCCGUUCAGUGAAAGUUAUUAAGAACCAUGUGUUAUUUUGUCUAGCCAGGGCUUGGUAUCCGUUGUUCUGGGAUAUGCCCUCUUCAUUGUAAUGAACUACAAAAUGUUCUAGGCUGAUUAGCAGGUUCAAAGGUGGAAAUGUAUUGUUAACUAACCUGUUAAACAAGGUGAGAUUUAUAAAUGUCAAGUAUCCGUGGUAUGCAGUAUGAUUGUAACCAGUGCAGACUUGUUUAUAUAUGAUCAGUCAAGCUGGGGAUUUCAGGGUCUUUGUAUCCUACCUAGAUUACCAAAAACUCCCAAAUUUCACAAGUCUAUAUUCAUUCUAGACUGCACAUGCUAAAACCAUUGUAAAGGACUGAAUACUAGGGGCAUGCAUGACCAUAGAAACCUAUUGGCCUUGAAUAGAUUUCUAAGAAUCAAACCCCAUAAAGUGUUUUAAUUGAAAUGCUAACCUGUCUAGAGUAGAAUAUGUAAGGUACUAUAUGUGGAGCAUUAUGUUUACAGUAGCGAGAGCAAAGCGACUGCAGUACUUUAAUGCUAACAGUUGAGCUACCAGUAAUUGUCGGAAACCUUUUUUUUUUUUCAUAACCUGAUGCACUGUGUACUGUUUCAACAAGCUGAACCUAUUGAAGUACAUUCAUUGCUGCAUCCAGUGAUUGCAUCACAGAGUAAUGCACUGAAUUGUUUUUAGGGUCUUCAGACUUUUUAAAAGCCAAUUUAUUUUAGAAUAUAAAAAACGUCAUAAUAUAAAACUAAAUUAAAUUUUUGUGUGACUGGGAAUCGGCCAUGUACAAAUUGUUUUAUUCAGCAGCAAUCUCAGCAUAGCUUUAUGUAAGUAUUAAAUGUUCUGAUCCAAUUGUUCUGUAUUUACUGUACUUGUGAUUAUUUUUGGCACAGGCAUUAAUGGGGGAUGGGGAGGGGUCCUCUGCUUUGCUGCUGAUCUGUAGUUUUAACCAGGGAUUCAUGUUUUUGGUGCACAAGAACUUAUAUAAACUACAUUUCCCAUAGUACUGUUCUGGUGGCUUUUAUUUCUAGUUGAUGCUUCACGCAGUGUUUGAGAUUAGUUAGUCAGUCUGUGAGGGUGGGGAUUUCAUGCAAGUCUGCCCCUAAGGUGGUAAUAAGUGCCAUGUCAUAAAAUUGGAUCUUGUGGAUUAAAUAGAUAAUCUUGCCCCCAGACACUGAUUCUGUGUGCUGCUGCCCCAUUUGUUUUGUAUUUUUUUUCUUACCAAUUGUAAAAAAAAAAAGGAAGAAAUAGAAAUCUAUUACAGUAUUUCAAAUGUAUUUUCAAUGCACAUUUAUGCUGAAUUGUAUGUACAUGUACGAUAUAUAACACUUGAACUUAAAAUAUUUAACUGGUGCUGCCAGCUGCUGAGGAAAAAAUUGAACAAAUUGUUUUUGUUGAAUAUUGUAUAUACUGUACAAAUUCUUUGGUAAUAAGGUGUGAUUUAGGUGUGUUCUUGGCAUGAACCACAGUCGAUUACAACAAGCAGGGUUCAUGGGCGAUUUAAAUAAAACAGUCAGUUUUUGUGUGUUUUUUAUAAGUUGUGCAGUUUUAUUAAUUUAGCUUUUCAGAUGUUUAUCCUAUUUUUUAAUUGCUUCUUUUUGUGCCAGAUAAGAAUCAGUUCCCUGGCAAGUCAAAGUUUUGUAUUUUUAAACUUUAGAAUGUUCAUUUUGAGGAUGACACAUUUUUGUGGUUGACGUGGCUGAAAAAUAUAUGUAUGCCAUGUAAGGAAAGAAAAAAGCUUUUGUCUUUGUAUAUGGGAUUAUUUAAAUAUGUGUUCCUUGUUUUAAUGUAAAUAUCAAAGAAUAAAAAUCAUCUCUUUUA